CUCUCCUCCUUCUUCUCUCUCUGCGCCGUGAGUAUGGCUUCUGCUAUGGUGAUUUCUCUCCUUCUUGCCUCCACCGUCUUUCUCAUGUACGUCAACACCGCAGCACAAUCAUCGGCGCCACCACCGCCAGGGCAAGAAGGUUGCAGCAAUGAACUCAUCUCGUUCUCGCCGUGCCUGCCUUACGUGUCUGCACCGCCGAACAACUUUACAUCCACCGCCCCGUCUAAGUGCUGUGACGCGUUUGCCUCCGCCACUGACGCCGGCGCCGAGAACUGCCUCUGUUACCUUCUCAAGCAGCCUAUGGUCCUAGGGUUUCCAUUGAACGAAUCCAGAGUGCUCUCUCUGCCUCUGGUCUGUUCGCUGAGGAAUGCGAGUUUGGCGACCACUGAAUCUCUCGAUUCACUUUGCUCAUCAGCUGCUCUGCCCCCUCUCGGAAACAGAACUGACACGAAUUUCUCCCCUCCUAAUCCUGGCUCUGGAGAUGUUACAUCUUCUACAGGCUUGCCAUCAGAACCUAAUUUGCCACCAGAAACAGUCAUAAGCUCACCUGCAUUACCAAACCCCAUAGAAGAACCACCCAUGGAUUCAUCUGCUACAGAAUGGAUACACAACAGCAAUGAUUGCUUGCUGCCUGGAGUAGUGGGAUUUUUUGUUAUCUCACACUCAGCUUUACUGCUACUCAGGUAGAGUUUUCCAGUAAUUCUCACUUGAUCAUGUUGUAGACAAGGAACUGACAUUACUUGUACAGAGUCUGUAAAGAAAACUUGCCAACACCUAGUUUGUAAGUUUUGAGUUCAGACCUUAUCUGGGUCUGCUCAGAAGUGAUACCUACUUCUGCAGUAACAACUGUUGCAUCUCACCACAGAAUGUUGGAAGUUUUUGAGCAAAGUUCAGACUUUUUUGUACUGUAGAUCUAAUUCACAUGUGAUCUUUUAAUAAACAACAUUUGAUUUUGCCCA